AUGUGGGGGGGAACCCCGGAAACGGAAGUGAGUGGCGGGCUGCUGACGGUUAGGGUGCUGAGAGGCUGUUCGCAGAGUACGCUGAAAAUGAAUACCAGAGGAAUUGGAUCUCAGCUGAAGGACAGUAUUCCAGUUAGUGAGCUUUCAGCAAGUGGACCUUUUGAAAGUCAUGAUCUUCUUCGAAAAGGUUUUACUUGUGUGAAAAAUGAACUUUUGCCCAGUCAUCCUCUUGAAUUAUCAGAAAAAAAUUUCCAGCUCAACCAAGAUAAAAUGAAUUUUUCCACACUGAGAAACAUCCAGGGUCUGUUUGCUCCACUAAAAUUGCAAAUGGAAUUCAAGGCAGUGCAACAGGUUCAGCGUCUUCCAUUUCUUCCAAGCUCAAAUCUUUCACUGGACAUUUUGAGGGGUAAUGAUGAGACUAUUGGAUUUGAAGAUAUUCUUAAUGACCCAUCACAAAGUGAACUAAUGGGAGAACCACACUUGAUGGUGGAAUAUAAACUUGGUUUACUGUAAUGCAGUGUGCUGAUCAUGGAAAUGGAGAGGCUACAUCUUGUUUAUAGUUGUCUUUUUACUGUAAUUGUGUUCAAUAUUAAAAGUACUGACACAUGAGAAUUGUUGUCUAAGCAGUAUCUGAUCAUUUGAAAUUAUUUGGGUCUUUGGUUCA